CCUUCAGAGGUGAAGCCAGAAACAGCUCACGACUAACCAGAUAGUUUGACCAGAUAGGUCGUAUCAACAACACACGCGCUUGAUCUUUGACCUGCAGCAGUGGAGUUGAGGUGUGUCCUCAGCCUUUUAGAUACAGCAUUGCGUUUUAACAUCUGGAGAAUAAACAGUUCUGCUGCGAUGGCAAAGCCCGAGUACUCUGACACGGCGGAGCCCGAUCACAUAGGACAGGAAUCAGAAUCUGAUUCGGAUCCGGAUGACCGUUUACCCACUGUGGACGCAGGUGUUGAAUCCGGAUCGGUCCGGCGGACUCAGGUGAUCCACAGCGGACAUUUCAUGGUCUCAUCUCCACACAGCGACUCAGUCAGGAGGAGAAGUGCAGCUUUUUAUCAUUAUGAGAAUAUUGAGAGUGUUAAUAAAGCGACCUGCCAGACGUACAGUUUCGGUUCAUUGAGCUCCAGACGUCUCAACAUUGACCCUUCACUUACCCGGCUGUUUGAAUGCAUGACACUGGCAUACAGUGGGAAACUUGUUUCUCCCAAGUGGAAGUCUUUCAAGGGAUUGCGGUUACUGUGGAGGGAUAAAAUUCGUCUGAAUAAUGGCAUCUGGAGGGCUUGGUUUAUUCAGUAUGUGGAGAAAAGAAAGAAUCCUGUGUGUGGGUUUGUUACUCCACUGGAAGGCACGGAGGCCGAUGCACACGGCAAACCUGAGGCGAUUGUUUUGGAGGGCAGCUACUGGAAGAGACGGAUCGAGGUGGUCAUCAAAGAGUAUCACAAAUGGAGGAUUUACUAUAAGAAACGACUUCAGAAGAACAAAGAUCUGCUGUCCAUGCUACAGAAGGGGCCUGUCUGCAGAGUGGGGCUGGAAAAAUGGACCAAUCAGAUUUAUCCAGAGCCUGAGACUACAUCGGAGGAAGUGCACAUGUUCGACUUGGACUGCUUUCUGUCGGACAUCUCGGACACCUUGUUUACUAUGACCCAGAAGCCCAACCUGUGGAGCGAAGAUCGCCAAAACACUUACACCAGUAAUGCAGAUAUGAUUCAGCCUGGCCUGACACCUUUACAGCCCAGUCUAGAUGAUCUGAUGGAUAUACCAGAUAUUUUCCUGAGUUACCGUGCACAGCCGCUCGAGCAGAUGUCUUAUUCUGACUGUGGCUACUUUGAGAGCUCAUCCACUGGAGCGUUUACAUUAAACUCUGCUGCUUCUGUGACAAAUCCACUCACACACACACAGCCCACUCUAUCAGCUGAAAGUUUAACUGAAUCCUCCUCAUCUGUACAUCUACCUGGACACAGUUACCCCCGCCAAUCCAUAACCCCUAACAUGACCUUUAACCCUAGUGGUGACACUUCAGAACCCAAAUUCAAAGGUCAAUCAGAAUAUAUCAGUGAAUUUCACCACUCUCUGAACCUCCCGACAUCAUACAGACAUCACGUGUCUUUCAACGCUCACUCUCCUGCUAUGGGAAUCACGGAGAUGCCGGGUGGCGUGACACCGGAAAGCCCUUACCAAUACCAUACGGCCUGCCUCAAACAAAGACAUCCAUCUAGCCAAUCACGGAGCAGCGAGGCCGCCACAUCUACGGUCAUUACUCACACGGGCUCUGCCGUGCCUGGCCCGCCAUCUGACGGGUCUCAGGGACACGGGUAUUCGGAUGAAAUGUUUCCUCCUGUGACGUGCAUGUCUGUUGGGUACCAGCACACGACGGCGAGCCCGUCUGUCUCCUCGCUCGGUCUCUCUCACUGCUUCUCUGUGCCGCAGCGGGUGGGCAUGGCAACGGGAACGGUGAAGCACAAGCAGAAAAUGGGAGAAACCCAAAUGGGCCCCAGGGCUACAGCUCCGCCCACUCAGACAAGCUGUCUGGCCAAUCUGCUUUCAUCAAAAUCUCAGCGAAAACCAUCAGUGAGUUUUGAUCAUUCAGGUUUGUCAACAUCAGCAAUCUCUCAUCUGACCAGCAGUGGUCGUGGGGUGUCACAGAUUUCCCACAGUUCCUCUUGGGCCUCAACAAGAAUCCCACCAAUGGCAUCAUUACAAUGUCAGACGGCAAUGUCAGGCCACGCCCAUAGCAGCACCAUUUCCUCUCUCCUCACACAACAAACACAGCUUCUCACACCGAAAACAGAGAAACUCUCACCUGUACAGAUGCCCCCUACAGACAGGAGCAGUUUAACAGUUAGUUUUUCAGGAAAUGUGGGACCGACAUCUCCUACAAAUCCCCCGGAGAAAAGCCAGGAUGCACACUUCUUAUCCGGACACACACACGGGGAGCCCGCAAGACAGACAGACACGCGGCGCAUCACGCACAUUUCCGCUGAACAGAAGAGACGCUUUAACAUCAAACUUGGCUUUGACACGCUACACAGCCUGGUGACCACCCUCAGCUCACAGCCUAGUGUAAAGAUCAGUAAGGCCACUACGCUUCAGAAGACAGCAGAGUACAUCAGUAAGAUGCAGCAGGAGCGAGCUCAACUCCACGAGGAGGCUCAGAGACUUCGAGAUGAGAUCCUUACGCUCAACUCCAGCAUCAACGUGUAUCAACAGCAGCUCCCUGCGACCGGCGUCCCAAUAACACGUCAGCGUUUUGAUCUCAUGAGAGAGAAGUUCAGAGAGUAUGUCAGGGUCCAGACUCUUCAAGACUGGAAGUUCUGGAUUUUCAGUAUCAUCAUCGAACCUCUGUUUGAGUCUUUUAAUGGGAUGGUGUCUACAGCCAGUGUAGAAGAUCUGUGUCGUACCACAUUGUCAUGGAUGGACCAGCAUUGCUCUCUGCCUGCACUUAGACCCACUGUUUUAAGUUCACUUCGUCUGCUGUGCACCUCCACAUCAAUACUCUCUGAUCCCAGUCUGGUUCCUGAACAAGCCAUCAAAGCCGUCAAACACGGACAUUCCUCCCACAGCUACAACCAAUGACAACAUAGUCUUUCAAUACUGUAGCCAAUCAGAUCUGUCCUAUUUGCAGCUAAUGUCAACAUAAAACCAAUGAUAUUGGCUGUGUCUCAAUCUGUUCCCUAGCUCCCAUGGUGAAUCAGUAUAUGGUGUAUGCAGGUUUGGGCACUGGUAAGGACAAUUGUUCACUUCACAUUGUGACACCGUUCACUUAUUUUCCUGUGACGUGGCUGCUUAAGCGUGUUGUGAUCAUUCACAGCUUUUAUUCAUCAACAACCGGCAAACCAACAUCUUAAUUUUUAAUCACGUUUUAAAGUAUAUUGUAAAAAACGCUAUAUCCGUGCAUAAACUUGGAGGAAUAUUAGGUUUAACUGUUAAGUAGACUGUGGUCCCUUCCUGUCUAGUGAUGUGUGUUUAUAUUAAAACUAAAACAAGCGUUUGUCUUUAUAAGUUCUGUCACAUUUCAUGAAGUUUAUUGAGUUGACUUUUGAGUCGAGUCUGAUUCAAUUUUCGACUGGAGAGCUUCAGGAAAGGUCACGUGAUUUCCAUAAGGGAACAUAGGGACCAUCAAUGCUCACUGGCUUUUGUGUUGCAUUAUGGGAAUUUUUAGAGAAUAAAAAUUCCAGUGCACUAGAAUGAUUUUGCAACUGAUACAGCUCUUAAAAUGUCCGACUCCCUGAUCUGUGCCCUGACUAGUGAACAAGGGAGCUGAUUGCGUUACUAAUGACAAUGUUGUUUCUCACUAAUGUAGCUACAACCAAUAAGAAUGUACUUGCUCAAAUCUGCAGCCAUUUUAAUCAUUAAUUUAGCAAUAGUCAACAGAACAUUGUAUGGGUCAAAAUUAUAUAUUUUUUUAUAACAAAAUCUUUAGGAUAUGAAGUAAAUAAAGAUAUUUUGUAAAUUCCCUACCAUAAAUAUAUCAAAAAUGUAUGUGUUAUUAAGGACUUCAUUUGGACAAUAUUCUGAUUUUUUUGCACCCUAAGAUAUAGUUGUAUUUCAGUCAAAUAUUGUUCUAUUCUAACAAACCAUGCAUCAAUGGAAAGCUUAUUUAUAAAAAAAACCUUAUGACUGGUUUUGUGGUCCAGGAUCACAAAUGUGAAUAAAACUUCUUUAGAAAUGAAUUUUAUAUCAGAUUGUUGGAAAGAUACUUUGAACCUGCUGAUAUAAGUGAUGUGCAUGAAUGAUAUGAUGUGUCAUAGCUGAUUUAAUCUCUUCUACAGUUACAACUAGAGACACUUCAUUCUUUUCAACUGUUUUGGAUUAGUAAUUUGUUUGAUUUGAUUGUUUUAUACUUGUUUUAUUUAUAUACUUGUCACUGGCCCAUGAGCACCACAGCUCAAUUUAUUAAAGGACAGCCUUUGGUUUAAUUUUACGUAAUUCAGUUUAUCAAAGGCAAUAGUUUAGUUCA